UCGGGUCGGUGGUACAGUGCUUGGGAAGAGACGCGUAGUGGGUAGAGCUCGAAUCCGAUAAUUUUUUCCUAGGUGAGGGGGAGAUCCAGGAUUGCUGGGUUCUUAGAAAGAGCAGGGAAAGUGGUUAGAGCCUGGAAGCGCAAGUUCCUGAGAAGGAGAGCUUGUAAUUACGAAGGCGUUAGAGGAGAGUGGAACCUAGGGGUUAUAGCAAGAGAGGUUGUUCGUCGGCGCCAGAAAAGCGGAGGAAGCAGGGAGAAGGUGACAAAAGAAGGCCAAAACUUGGGUGCGUUUGGAGGCAAGGGGAGUCGAGAUCCCCAGCUUCUUAGCAGGAAGUAGUUAGCGGAGAGCUCCCCGGACUCCCGGGUUCUCGGUCCAAGGACAGGAGGUGAGGCUUGCCAGGCUAGCUCGCGGUGAUUGGAGCAGGCAGACUAAGAGGCGCUCAGAAGAGAUCUGGGGAGGCUGGACUGUGCAGUGGUUAGAGCAGCAGGCGAUGGAUGACCCCGAGGAGACCUUUGGGGGCGAGGGCGAUGCCAGCCCCGCGCCCUACGAGGAGCUGGUGUCUGCUAUGGCUGGGGGCCUGUACGGGGAACUGGAGCGGCUCGUCGGGGCCCACGGGCCCGGAGCGGUGUCGGGGCUCCUGCCGCAGCUAGUCUCCGUCCUGGAGUCGCUCCAGGGGGCUUGCGGGCAGGUGCGGGAACGCGACCAGUCGCUGGAGAGGCUGCGGGACGACCGGCUGCGUCUGCUGGAACAGUACGAGCGAGAGCGCGCCGGCCGCAAGCGGGCCGAGGAGCGGUUCAUGGAGCUGGAGGAUGCGAUGGAGCAGGAGCGCAAGGCCCACACCACGACUGUGACUCGAUUGGAGGGGCAGAGUCGUGCCCUGGAAGGGAAAGCGCGGAGCUACGCUGAUCAGGUGGCCAGUCUGGAAGAACAAAAAUCUUCACUCUUGAAGGAGCUCUCAGCUCUCAAUCAGACUCACACAAAGAUAAUGCAAAACUACAGGGAACUGAAAGCACAGCGGAUGGCAUUGGCUGGCGUAGGCCAAAUUGGAUCUCCAUCUGCAGAGACAAAAAGGUUGAAGUCCCCACCCAUCCAGAAGCUCCCACGAUUUCUGCCCAGCACCUCGGACCCUGGACCGCCCGAAUCACCACAGCCCCUAGAAGAGCCUGGAGAGCUUCGAGAGGUGCCCUGCUCAGAGAAGACGCCCCAGAGAGAUGCAGGAAGGAACGACUACCCUUUGGCUCAAGAGAUGGUGCAGCCGGAGAAAGAUGCUUCUCCUGUCCGAGAGGAAUGCUUUGACCUGGAUGAUCUUCUCAGUUCCACUCCAGAAUUGGUGCCUGGCUCACAGCAAGCAAGCAGCCCUCUGAGUACCGUCCUCGAGCGCAACACGGUCUCACUUUUCGCCGAGGUCUCGGGCCUCAGCCCAGAAAUUCUCAGUGAUAUAGAUGAUGGUGCCGACUUGCAGGGGGAUGGCUUGGAAACCCUAAUGGCAGAAAAUGCGCAACUGCAAGAGGCACGGAUCACUCUGGAUACUGCCCGCCGCCAUCUUAUUGCCCGUGUGGAGGAGCUUGGUGAGGAGCGCGAGUCACUGAAGAUGGAGCGAGAUGUGGCAGCUGGGACUUUGAGCCGCUGCCAAGCACAGCUGAAAGAGGCAGAGUUGGAACUGAAUCGGAUCCGACAGGAGUUGGAGGAAAUGAGGCGUCCCAGUGAUGACGGAGAGGCUGAAGUGGGCCCAUCUAGGCCUCAGCGGUUUACCCGGGCUGAGAUGGCGCGUGUGGUGAUGGAGCGCAAUCUCUACAAAGAAAGGCUGAUGGAGUUGCAAGAAGCUGUUCGCCGCACUGAGCUCCUAAGGGCUUCACGGGAAGAACAGGCAGUUCAGAUGAAAAAAUCAUCUUUCUGGAAAAUAUUUGAUCGGUUAUUUAGCCCCUCAGAUUCUCCAGAGAAAACUCCGGCAUCACCCCUGCUAUCAGGGCGGGCCCGAUCCAGUCCCAGUAUCCGGAGUGAAUUGGGACGGAAUGGGGGCCAGGCAUCUCCGGCUUUGAGAUACAUCCCACGAGCGUCCUCGCCCACUGAGGCUGACUCCUCCCCCCAGCAGAAGCGCCAUGAGCUGUACCGUGAUAUCCGCUCGCACAUCUGGCAGGAGCAUGGUCGGGCUCAGGUCCAUGGGUGGAGCCAGCCACCUACACUUCAGGGCCACGAUUCACCUUCUGGGAGUGCAGAAGUGCCAGUGCUUGUGCAGUUACGGAUGUUGGACCAGAAGGACCCUAGUACCAAGCUGUGGUGUGCCGCAGCAUCUGUUGGGCUGGGAGCUCAAGAGACAUCAGAGGCCGGUGAAGUGGAUCAGUGCCUUGCAGGCAGCUCUAGGCUGUGGGUGGCCUCGGGGACCCACUCAGCAAGCGAAGUGAUGCUUUUCGAUGCUCAGAACCCAAACCAGCUCCUGGAACAUUUUGUGCUACCUGGAAUUCACAUCCUCUCCCUUGCAUGCGUGCCUGGCCUUACAGUGCCUGGCAGGGAGAGUCCUGAGCUAGAGCCGGAGAUUCUUGAAGACCCCCUGGCACCUGGGUCUGACAGUGAGGAUGGAACGCUGGAGAUGGAAGCAGUUGGCACGGAACCCACUGUAUGGUUGGGGACCCAGGAGGGAUGCAUCUAUGUUCACUGUGCAGAGACAGACUGGCGACACUGCCGGGGGAAAGCCCAACUGAAAGAUGCGGUCCACUGCAUCAUCCACUCCCAGGGCCGUGUAGCAGCGACACUAGGGGAUGGAUCUGUGGCUAUUUUCCACCGGAACGCAGCCCGAAAGUGGGACCUGCGCUGUCCACGCCUGGUGGACUUGGGAAGGCCCCGACGCUCCAUUCGUUGUGCCAUCCCUGUACUGGACCGGCUGUGGUGCGGGUAUGGAAAUAGAAUCUACGUGUUGGAUCCUCGCACUGCUCGCGUCCAGAGGUACUUUGAGGUGACUUCGCACCCAGAAAGCCAAGUGCGGCAUAUGGUGGCUGCUGGCCGUGGCAUAUGGGUCUCAGUUCGACUAGACUCCACUCUGCGCUUGCUCCAUGUGGAGACCGGGCAGCCCUUGCAGGAAGUGGAGUUGGGGUCCUACAUCAGCCGCAUGCUUGGGCCCAACAGUCUUAGUUUAGCCCUAAACAUCUCAGCACUUGGUGCUUUCGGGAAGCGGUUGUGGGUUGGCACAUCUGGAGGCACCAUCAUCUCUCUACCUUUCAUCUCUGAAGUUGCAGGAGGCUCGGAGGCUCCUGUGUCCAAUGACAUCCCAUACUGUGCCAUGGAGCAAGCCCAGAUCAGCUAUCACGGGCACCGUGACGCUGUUCGCUUCUUUGUCUCUGUCCCAGGAUGUAUGGAUCUAUCCUCUUUGGAGAAUUCCAAGGAGUCCCACCGAGAGAAGCCAAGAAAGACUUGCACUUUGGUGCUGAGUGGAGGGGAAGGCUACAUUAACCUCCGGAUAGGAGACGACACCGACGAACGCUACGGUGACCUGCUGCUCCCAAACCCCCGUUUACGUCGUGCUGAGCGAAGUCACCUGAUUGUCUGGCAGGUGCAGGCCUGAGGCGGCGAUGAUGGGCGUAGUGCUGCAUCCAGGUGGCAUGUCUUGGACUCCCGGUUCGGAGGGAACGGCACGGUUGCUGGAUGCUGGUGGUGGCGCCCUUCCAUCGCUCUCCCACCUUCUGGUUAGGAAUUCAGCCUCUGGGGUCUAUAGGGCUGGUUUAAUGAAUUUCACCGAGUUCUCAAGCUGGUGAUGGGAAAAUGUCUGAAUGCCAGGAUCGGUUUCCUGAAAAUGCUCAGUGAAGGUAACUGCAGCUUAUGGUUCUUUAUACCACCUUCUGGAUCAUCUGUGGUCUAGUACAAGCUGUGAAAGAAGCCAAUGUGCCUCAGAAGUUACAGCACAGAAGGCUGAGAACUGGGAUUCCUGGGGAUAGCUGGACAAGGAGUGAUGACCCACAACAUUGGAGCAAAAACUCUGGCAUUUCCUUCUGGCUCCUGCUUUUGAGCAUGACUCUGGUGCACUUUUGAUUGUGGGUUGGGAUACAGGAGCAAGACUGGUGAAUCUGGAACUACACAGGAAUCGAGAGCUGAUACGUGGCAUCGACAUGAACUGCAGCAGGACCUCAAGGGGGAGCUUUCUUGCCCCACCUUGCUGCUUUUGCUCUGUAAGCAGAGCAGGGAUUGGUUAGUUCCUAGUGCUACUGAGUUAACCAAAUCCUCCCUGGAGCUCUGGCAUGAGGCUUGACCAGGUUCCCCCCUCGCUAUUAGUUUCUCAGGGUUGCUGUUUGACUGUCUCAAUAACGGUAGGGCCUCUGGCACCCUCUCAGGAUCUAUUACUGUGGGAUAGCUUCUCAAUAAAGCUAUGAAUUUC